AUGAACAAUCCUCGAAUUCGUCUCGAUCUUCUGCAUUCCGAUAUUCUCUCGCGGAUUGUGAGAUUUCUCCAGCCUGGGGAUAUUGAAGAAUUAUCCUGCGUCAACAAGCGGCUCAGGGACGCGUCAAUACCUGUGCUCUUUCGCGCUGUCAGAUUUGAGUUUUCAAAAUCCAGCUUAAAUGGACUGAAGCGACUUUCAGAUUCUAAUAUACGGCAACAUGUCGUGUCAUUGACAUACGUUGCUCCAGAAAUCUUGAAACCUGAUUCAGAGUGUUACAGUUCUGAGCUUUUAACGCCUGGUGAUUACGAGGACUGGAUAUACGAGGGCCGUGGCUUUUUGCCUGACGAUUGCCCAUCAUACAUGCUAGUACACGAUGUUUUGCGCGACAUCUGUGAAGAGCAGAAAGAUAUCAUAAAUGACGACCUCGACAGGACUGCCCUAUUCUCCGUGUUUACAAGAUUGCCAAAAUUGGAAACUAUGGCUCUGUGUUUCUGUCCGACGAUAGAAGAGGAAGAAUGGGUAGGGUCUGUCUUGGCCCGGGGCUUGACAAUGGAGGAAUCCUGUGAAUAUCAUUCAAAAGUGAUUCGCAAUGCUAUCCAGGUCGCGCGGGAGGCUACAUCUACUGAGAGUACGGUUCAAGUUCGUCUCAUGGAACAGCCUGCUUAG